GUGGCCUCACUGGUCUUGUCAUCGCCUUUGGCUUUGUUUUUGUUUACCAGUUGAUAGUGCGUUUGGUGUGUUUGUGAUGUUUGUGCAGGUGUGUGCACAUAUAAUAAAUUAGACUCCCGGUGGUGUAUAAAUAUUAUGUUAAGCGUAGAGCGCUAGUUAUAAAAGUACAUUCAGACUGUUUUUGUAACAUUGAAAAUGCCUCUUCCUGCGGCUCUAGCUUCCAGACUGGCCAAGCGAGGCUUGAUUCAGGCCCCGACUAAUGGCACCACCAAUGCAGCGUCAGCGCCAACACUCGUCACUCAGGAGGAAGAAGUAAUCGCAGAAGAUUACGACACUCUCAAGAAAGAUUCCUUGAACAAUAACGUUUCGGAGGAGGAUGAUCUAAUCGGCAAUCUUGAGCAGAAACUAAUGGGACAUUCCGGUUGCCCUAACAAGUACAACAUAUAUCAUGAGUGCACAUCUUUCUGUAGAGAACUUUGGGGCAAUGGACACGACGAACCCGAGGAAACUUACAUGCGCAAGAAGAAGAAGAUGCUGGCCAAGUAUCCACUGCCAGAGAACUGGGUGGAGGUGUACGAUCCAGGAACGGGUCGGCAUUACUACUGGGACACCGAGAAUGACGUGGUGUCUUGGCUGUCACCAAGGCAUCCGCGAGCGGUGGUCAGCGAGUCCGCCGCACAUUUGCGUGAAGAGCUUAAAAUGGCCGACGUUGAGGAGGACGAUGAAUCGGAAGAUGAUGGGAAAGAUUCUGAUGUUGACGAAAAUUAUGUCUCGGACGACGAGGAGGCCCGGGAGGAGAAGCAGCGCGAGGAGCAGGAGAAGCGGCGAGAGGCGCGCGAGAAGGAGCGGGCCAAGGGCCGGCUGAAGGUGAAGGACAACGACCUGGACCCCAUGGACCCGGCCGCCUACUCGGAGACGCCCCGGGGCACCUGGUCCACGGGGCUGGGCAAGAAGAACGAGGCCAAGACGGGGGCGGACACCACGGCCGCGGGCCCCUUGUACCAGAUGAGGCCGUACCCCAACCCGGGGGCCGUCCUGCGGGCCAACGCCAAGACCGGCAAGCCCGCCGUGGAAAAGACUUUGGUGUCGAAGCCAGAGCUACCACCGACCUUGAAGUAGAAUCCUUUGUUUCUGAAGGCCCGGGUAUUUUUAACAUACGUGUUAAUAGUUUGUGUACGUGUGCUGUUAAAAUGCUUGUGUGUGACUCUUUUGCGCAGUCGUAAAAACUUGUCACCCGAAAUCAUUUAACGUUUUUAUGUAUAUUUCCACAAAUUUAUGUAUAAAAUUACUGCUGCUCAUAUAUUGAACUUCUUAAUUAAGGUUUCAAUAUUGCCAACUUAAAAAAAGUACCUAUUAAAAAGUGUUUCAUGGAACAGUGUACUGAUUUUGUUUUACUUACAUAUAUCAUUAGUUAUAAAUAACAUAUAACAUUUUAUAUAAAAAAAUAUUUUAUCUUGUAUGAUUUUAUUACCUUUUGAAGUUUAUCAUAGCAUAACGUUAAUGUUACUGAUUCACUAUGUACUGUAAUUGAACUUUUUUGGAAACAAACAUUUUUUCCCAAAAAACAGGUACGUGUAAGUAAAAAGAUAUUGGAUAAGUAUUUCAUGUAAUACAUUAUGUGUAAAAAUGACUGAAUAGCUUUGUUUCCUUUUUACAUUUCCUGAAUAGCUGUAGUUGCCCAAGCGAAAUAAGGUGUCUGUAACAACUGGAGCAAUCGCCAUUUGCAUGUAUGUGACUUUGUCCGACGACAACUUUUAAACCAUUGAUUGGUUUUCAUAAAAUUUGAUACGUAGCUUUGUGUGACCCAUGGAGAUUUUUAAGUUUUGUCUAUGAGCAAAAAAAAAAGGUAGAGGGGUUUUUGAUAUAGCAUUUAAUAAAUACAUAAAUAGCUUUCAAAAUCAUACGUAUCACUUUAAUUUCUGGCUUGGGAUAUAAAGAGAUUAGUGUCCAUAGAGAUCAGAAUAUUGCAUCCCUCAAAGUGAACUAAAGAAAAUAACAAGCAUUUAAAUGUUAAUAAUUUGUAUCUACUAUUUCUGUAGGAAUGUGUAAUGUAUGAUACUUGAUACAUUAACUUUUAAAAAAUGUGUACAGUUAUCUAUGUUUUAUACUUAGUUGUUAGGUUGUUGAUUACAUUGCAAAUAUUAGUUAUGAAUUAUUACGUUAGGUUAAAAUUUACAGUCAUCAAGAACAGAAUAUCUCGUAGUCUCAUUUCGCGGCAGUUGUCUUUUAAAGAAAGGUUAGGUGAGGUCAGAGUUUAGCAAUGAACAGAGUUGUUUGAAAAUGAAAUACGGUAUUCAAACCUCCUUUUUAUCAGCUCUCUUUUAAUCCUCAAGAGCACUCAAGGGCCAUAGUUUGUCUUUGCAGCAUCAGGAUUAGAUCAAAUGUAAAUUUUACUCUUAUUUGAAACCGUUACACUUUUUUCUAUUCAGACCAACAUUUUGACGUGUUUAGUGUAUGUAAUUUGUUACUCCUCAGAAAAAAAAAUUAUUAAGAUGUAAUUGUUUGAUGUCUAAUAUUGACUGGCCUGAAAUGUAGCAUCAGGCAUAUUUAAUAUGACUAUAAUAUAAAAUGGAUAUUCUUUGACACAAUUUGGCCAUGUUUAAUACUAAUACUAUUAUAAAGCUGAAGAGUUUGUUUGUUUGUUUGAACGCGCUAAUCUCAGGAACCACUGGUCCGAUUUGAAAAAUUGUUUCAGUGUUGGAUAGUACAUUUAUCGAGGAAGGCUAUAGGCUGUAUUAUAUUAUCAAUAACAUUAGGGAUCCUUACUAAAAGUCCAAUUUAGAAUCAAAUGCGUUGGAGGGGUUAGAUACAACAUGCAGUACACGUACGAAGUGUGUGUUGACAAUGCCGCAGGCGCUAGAAGUUGCCACGCACUAGAUGCCUUAUCAUUCUUAAUUUUCCCAUACAAGUAAAAAAACCCUUGUGAUAUUAACAACGAAGCAAUCAGUACCCUCAUAUAGAAUACAUAGAGAUAGUGUGAGGUAUAUAUGUAGAUAUAAAGAUAUAAAUACAGAUAGAGAGAUACAUAGAUAUAAAGGACUAUAGAUGUAGAUAGAGAUAAAUAUAUAUUUAGAGACAUGGAUAGAUUAUUUGUAUAUGUGUAACUACUUCAAACAUAUUACAAAACAAAACUGAAUGAGGCAUUGCAAUGCAUGCCGAGCAUUAGCUAGAUAAUGGAAUCUUUUCAAGAUUAGUAAUCCCUUAUUUGUCAGUUUUUUUUCUAUAUUGCUUUAUAGAGUCUAGAUUACAUACAGACCAGGUAAAUAACUAUAAACUGGCAGAACGUCUGUCAGGAUCUGAAAGUGAUAUAAAUUAUUUUGCACACUUGACAUUCAAAUUAAGAAGACAAUUACUAACUACGUCUGAUCUCUAAACAGUUCCCCUUCACCCUGUGUUCAGCCCGGGCAAUGCAUGAAUAGUACAAGUAAAUUUGGCCACAUAAGUCGUGCAAAUAAUUCCCCCCCCCCCCCCCCCCCCCCCCCCCCCCCCCCCCCCCCCAAAGUAUAGCAUGUUUUAUUUUAUUUUCAACAAAAUUUGUGACCUAAUAACAAAUACAAACACCUUUGGUAAUAAAUAUAGGAAUAGCUCCUAAACAAAAGUUCUGAUGUAGUAGUUAAAUAACCAAUGUGGCAUAUGAGAUUGAGUUUUAAGUAUUGUAAAAUGGGGUGAAUAGAAACUGUCCGUUCAGAGAAUCAUAAAAACACAAUUCUUCAAUAAUAAUCACUCCAAAUUGUAAUUGCAAAUAACUUGCAAAAUAGAAAAAAAUUUUAAAUUAAUGAUUUUAUCCAUAAAGAUUUUUCUUUUUUGAGCAGACUGUUCCUAUUCACCCUGUUUUGUGGUAAAUUUUGAAGGAUUUUCUGCAUUUUACCAACGUUCUUAUGAUUUUAUCUGGAGACCACUUGCUGAAACCUUGUAAAAUUUUGGGAAGUUGUUGGAUCUGCAAGACGAAGUCCACGUGGGAACCCCUUCCUGAGACAAGGGGUCAAGCUGUCGAUCACCCAUCUCCGAGGCUGUACGUGUUCGACGCACGGCAGCAGAGACGUCCGGAGAAGUCCAGGAUUUUAAAGAAAAGAAACACAAGCCAAUACAGGAUGAGAAAAUUACAGCAACUUAGCUACGUAAGUUUCAGAGAGAUUAUUUCAGAAGAAUUAUUGUAAACCUUAUUUAUUGUAAUCCUUAAUAAUGUUUUUCCAAGUACUCUAUAUUUAAUGCUGCUGUGCAUGUAUACUUUGGACUUGUUUUAGUGAAAUCAUCAAAUAAUUGACACAAGAACAAAGUAUGAAACACACUUGAGUGUAAAAACCAAAAUAUAUAAAUGUUCAGUUUUCUUUUAUCAAGCAAAAUCUUGGCAAAAAUUUCACUGCGAGAACGUUGGAGUUGUAAAAGUCUACUACUGGAGCCCCGCCUUCACAGAAUCCUGGCUGCGGACUUGAUGGCAGGGUCAAACCCGGAUUUUUCGCAAGGGAGAAAUAGUCCUGUGCGAAUACUAGUGUUUUGUUGCAAAGUGUGGAAUAUCAAAUCAAAUGUUUAAAAUAUUCGCAAAUUCUAAUGAAAGUGAUAAUACGUAUUGUUCUCGGUAAAGAUGUAUUACACUUACCUAUUUUAUCAAAUACAGGAUUUUAUGUAAAAAAAAAUAACCAUUUAAUCUUUGGAAUUUUUGAACUGCUUAAGUGUUUAACCAAUUGUGUCCUAUAUAAAAUAACCAUAAGUACCAUAUUUUGAUUUUUUUAAGUAACCAACUUUAUACAAGCAAAACAUAAGCUUUCAAUCUUUUAAUGCUCUGCAACAAAUGCGAAACUUCAAUUCAGACAUGAUGCUUUCAAUCACAACUGAAGCAUUAAAUAAAACAAUAGAGCAUAUUUCUUGGCAAAGUAAAAUAAAAUAUUAAAAAUCCCUUUCGGCACAGCUUUCAGGCGUAGGUAGAUUUUGAAGUACAUACCUAUUUGUUUGGGAAUAUUUUGGAAACUUAUGUGAACUGGAACAUUUGAAAAACUUAAUGUAGCCGACAUAACAUCCUAUAUGUUUGUCAAUAUUCAAAAAAUUGAUUUAACCUUUUUAUCAUAUGCCAUGCAACAUAAUAUUUUGAAAUUUUUUAAACUUUUUUUUUUUAAUGCAUCCAGCAUUGAAUGUCUUAACAAAUUUCAUAAUAUGUGUAGUAAGUUAGUCAUGCAAUUAUUUUUGAUCUUCAAAAACUCUGGUCGUAAUUUUUUU